CAGAAGAAUGCGGCCGCGUGCGAACUUUAGAUGGCGGCACACGUUUCCGUGCGUGUCUCUUUCUAAGCGGUACGCUAACCGAUCAAAAUGACGGAAGGUACAGCUACCAUCAGAACGAGAAAGUUCAUGACCAAUCGGCUCCUAUGCCGAAAACAAAUGGUCGUAGAUGUAAUCCAUCCUGGCCAGCCAUCAGUUCGUAAGACUGAGAUACGCGAGAAACUAGCCAAGAUGUACAAAGUGACCCCGGACGUUGUCUUUGUGUUUGGCUUCCAAACCAACUUCGGCGGCGGCAAGUCCACCGGGUUUGCACUCAUCUACGACACCUUGGACUUUGCCAAAAAAUUCGAGCCCAAGUACAGGUUAGCGAGACACGGUCUCUUCGAGAAGCAAAAGCAAACCAGGAAGCAGCGUAAGGAACGCAAAAACAGAAUGAAGAAAGUUAGGGGUACGAAGAAAAGUAAAGUUGGAGCGGCGUCUAAAAAGGGAAGGAAAUGAUCAUCAUUUGCACUACAGACUUCUGGAGGAGCAAUAGCUUGUUGCUUAAUCAGGUAAAAGAAGCCAUCUUGAAGACCACGGUCAUCGACGUAAAAGUUAUUAUAUUUUACUAUGGACUAGCGCUGUAAUUAUAAUAAAUUUUACGGAAUAAACGUAUUCUUCUUGAUGAAAA